GUCAAAGUCUCGCCCUUGACAGAAACCCGCAACUUGAGCAACAAUGGCGUCGCCGAUACUAGAAUUCAAUUAUGACAUCUCAUGCCCGAUGGCAUACAUAGCUUCGACGCGUGUAGAAGACCUCGCUGCGCGCACUAAUGCUACCCUAAUAUGGCGACCUGUUCUCUUGGGCGCCUUAUACCGUGCAACAUCCGCUCCCCAAGGUGCUGCUGGCUCGGCUUCUGACGUAUUCAACCCAACCAAGAAAGCGGUGACGGGCCGUUCCAUGCAAAGGACACUGCGAAGAUAUCAAGUUGCAUACAAUCCUCCGCCUCAACAUCCAAGGAAGACGGUCAACGCACUACGCCUCCUCCAUGCGCUUGACAAUGAUGACAGACGCGUACUCACUAAGGUGCUCUUCAAAGCUUAUUGGGUCGACGGACUCGACGUGAGCGACGGUCAAGAGAUACUUAAACUCGCAAAGGCAAGCGGUAUCAAGCAUGCGGAAUCUAUCACUGAGGCUGUCUUCGGCGACGCUCGCGCGAGGAAGGGACUGGAGGACGCUACCACGGAUGCCAUUGAUCGCGGCGCAUUCGGCGUCCCUAUAUUUUGGAUCCCCGAAGCAACUUGGACGGAUUUCGAUGGAGAGACAAGAAAAGGCAGGUUUUAUUGGGGUCAGGACAGAAUGCACUUUGUUGAAGCCGCUCUGCUUGCGCUGCAAAAAAACGGAGAUUGGCGUCGUGUCACGGGGCUAAAAUCCAUCAUGCCGAGGUGCAUACCCGACAACAAGACUGCUGGAAGGACAAAAGUCGAAUUCUGGUAUGACUUCAGUAGUCCUUGGGCCUUCCUAGGCUGGACGCAACUCGAACGACUGAAGAGGACAUUUCCCGACCUGGAAAUCGAGAUGAAGCCAUUCCUUUUGGGAAUACUGUUCCGCGAGAUUGGUGCUCCGAACUUGCCAAUGGCUGCAGUAUCGCAGUCCAAAGCACUUUGGUCGCGACAAGAUCACGCAGAUUGGGUUCAUUACUGGAAUUCCGUCAAUGAACAAGAAGGACGUCCUGACAAAAAUAUCGACUUCCAUUGGGCAGAUAUCUUCCCAAUUCGAACUCCGACAGUACUAAGAUGCGCGAUUGCUGAUCCCAGCACUGUACCAAUGCUUUAUCAGGCUUGCUGGGAACAAAACGCCAACGUUGCAGACGAUUCUGUUCUCAAAGAGGUGCUUGAUAAUGCCGGAUUCGAUGGCGGCCUCCUCAUUGAGACAGCAAACACUCCCGCUAUCAAGAACAAGCUUCGAGAGUUGACGGCUGAGGCUAAAGCUAAUGGAAUAUGCGGAGUGCCGACUUAUCGGGUAUUCCGAGAGUCCAGUGGUGGUAAAUGGGACAUUGUUGGCAGCGAGGUUUGGGGCCAGGAUGAGAUCAAUGUCGUGGAGGACAUGAUUGCGGGCUGGAGUCCAACGAGCUCAACAGUCCUUGCGAAGCCGAGGAAGGCAGACUUUGGUAGCACAAACUCUGGAGUGCGAUUGUAG